CCAAAGCAUCAACAUUCACAUACAUACAAAUUUGUUAUAUGCAACAAAAACUUACAUUUCUAAACUCAUCAAUUAUUCUACACACUAUAUAGAAUUAUGGCAAUCUUUGAAAAAACAUUUUUCAUACUCUUAUUAUUAUCUUCAAUUUUCUCAAUAGUUUCAUCAAGAAAAGGACCUUCAUCAAGCAACAUAGAUUGGUGGUGCAACCAAACACCACAUCCAAAGCCAUGCAAACACUACACAACUCAAAUGAACAAUCAUUUCAAAAUCAAACACAAAAGUGAAUUCAGGGGAAUGCUUGUUCAAUUAGCCUUAAAACAAGCUCUUAUCAUGCAAAAAGAAUCACAAAAUUCUCAACAAAAUUCAUCGGUACAUCAAACCGUUCACGACGAUUGUUUGAAAUUGUUUCGAAACACAAUCUUUCAUCUUAACCGUACAUUUGAAGGUUUAAACAAUGCAAGCAAAAAUUGUUCACCAGAUGAUGCACAAACAUGGCUCACAACAUCUCUCACAAAUAUUGAGACAUGUAAAAAUGGAGCUUUUGAACUCAAUGCUAAAGAUUUCAAUUUCAUUGUGCAAACCAAUGUCAUUGAGAUGAUAAGGAAUAGCUUAGCCAUCAACAUGUAUUUUAUGAAACACAACAGAGAAACAAAAGAAGGUUUUUAUCCAAAUUGGUUUUCUAGACAUGAGAGGAAGUUGUUGAAUGCUAAUUCAAUAGUUAAAGCAAAUCUUGUGGUGGCAAAAGAUGGUUCUGGAAAUUUUAAGACAGUGCAAGCUGCUUUGGAUGCUUCUGCUAAGAGAAAAUAUAAGACAAGGUUUGUGAUACAUAUAAAGAAAGGAGUUUAUAGAGAAAAUAUUGAGGUUGCUGUUCAUAAUGAUAACAUUAUGUUGGUCGGUGAUGGCAUGCAAAAUACUAUAAUAACAAGUUCUAGAAGUGUUCAAGGAGGUUAUACUACUUAUAGUUCUGCUACAGCUGGAAUUGAUGGGCUUCACUUUAUUGCACGUGACAUUACCUUCCAAAAUACCGCAGGCCCCCAAAAGGGUCAAGCCGUGGCGCUUCGAUCCGCCUCGGACCUCUCCGUCUUCUAUAGGUGUGCCAUAUCCGGUUACCAAGAUACUCUCAUGGCUCACGCACAACGUCAAUUUUAUAGACAAUGUUAUAUCUAUGGCACCGUAGAUUUCAUCUUUGGAAACGCCGCAGUGGUUUUCCAAAAUUGUAACAUUUUUGUUAGAAAGCCUUUAGACGGCCAAGCCAAUAUGAUCACGGCCCAAGGUCGUGGCGAUCCGUUCCAAAACACGGGAAUUUCAUUUCACAAUUGUAAAAUUAGGGCUGCUUCAGAUCUAAAGCCCGUUAUCGACAAGUACAAUACCUUCUUGGGCCGGCCUUGGCAACAAUACUCAAGAGUGGUGGUAAUGAAAACUUUCAUGGACACUUUAGUAAGCCCAUUGGGUUGGUCUCCAUGGGGUGAUACUGAUUUUGCUCAAGAUACAUUGUAUUAUGGAGAGUAUGAAAACUAUGGGCCUGGUUCAUCUACAGCCCAUAGAGUGAAAUGGCCUGGUUAUCAUGUGAUAACAAGCCCAAAUGAAGCCUCGAAGUUUACGGUUACUGGACUCCUUGCAGGCCCAACAUGGUUGGCUACCACUACUGUGCCAUUUACUUCUGGUCUUUGAUUUUAUUAUUACUUCAAUUAUUAUACUUGAUUAUUUGUAAUUAAAUUCAUUGUAAUUCGUGUGUAAAAACAUGUUCAAUAUUCUUUUGUACCUCCAAGAGAUAUUAUUAAGGCUUAUUGUUCAUAUUCAUAUAAACAAA